GUUCACCACAGGGCAAGGAAAAAGAAAUUCCAUUGAGUCAUUUGGUCGAACAGAAAAUUUUCAUUCAGUCAUUUGGUCGAACAGUUUGAUGAUGAAAUAUAGAGUUGUAAUUUCGUUGUUCCUUCGUGGUAUUAUCGGUCUCCACUCUCCCAAUUUGCCGAAAAGUAAGCUAUUUUUUCUUCGUCGAUCCACCAGUGGUGUCCUCGUUUCCCAGGGGAGGAGUUUCCUACAUGGUGCUCUUUCAAGGUCUACUUCUGGAAUCAGGUUCUCUACUUUUACUACUUCCUCAAGCAUUUCACAUGAACAGGAAGAUAGUACUGACCCUUCACUAGAUUAUAAUGAAGCAUAUUCUGAUUUUUCCGAAGAAGAUGUUGAAACAAUUGAAGCUAUUUUCAAAGAAACCGGAACCCAUGCUGCUCUAUUGCAUAACAAACUUGAGCAAUGCCGUGUAAGGCCAACACAGAAUCUAGUAACUGUGAUUCUUUCUCGUGCACGGAAUAAUUGGGAAGUUGCAUUCACUUUCUUCAUAUGGGCUGGUAAACAAACAGGUUAUGUGCACUCUGUGCGUCAAUACCAUUCUAUGAUAUCUAUACUUGGAAAAAUGAGGAAGUUUGACACUGCAUGGUCAUUGAUUGACGAAAUGAGAGGUGGGAAUGAUAGACCAUCUCUUGUGAAUCCUCAGACACUCUUGAUUAUGAUAAGGAAAUAUUGUGCUGUACAUGAUGUGGGAAAAGCUAUCGGUACUUUUUAUGCAUUUAAACGGUUUAAAUUAGAUAUUGGAAUGGAAGAAUUUCAAGACCUUUUGUCUGCCCUUACUCGCUACAAAAAUGUAAAAGACGCCGAACACUUGCUUUUUGCCAAUAAGAAUGUUUUCCCGCUGAAUACCAAGAGUUUGAAUAUCAUUCUCAAUGGAUGGUGUCUUUCCCUUGAUGAUUUAAGUGAGGGAAAGAGGAUUUGGAGGUUGAUGAAGGAAAAAAGGAUUCCUCGUGAUGCUUUUUCAUAUUGUAGUAUCAUGUCUUGCUAUUCGAGGGCUGGUAGACUCAAUGUUGUGCUUAAGCUUUUUGAUGAGAUGAAAUUGUGGGGGGUUGCACCUGAUGUUAAGGUUUAUAAUACUGUGAUUCAUGCUCUUGCAAAAGGCAGGUUGGUUAAACAAGCUAGGAGUGUGAUGAAGAUGAUGGAAGAGAAUGGUCUCGCUCCAAACGCUGUUACUUAUAACUCAUUAAUCAUGCCUCUCUGCAAAGAUCGAUUGCUAGAUGAAGCUCAAGAGAUCUUCAAUGAGAUGAUUCAACGAGGCAUACAUCCUACUGUCCGAACUUACCAUGCAUUGCUUCGAAGCCUGAGGACAGGGGAAGAGGUGUUCGAGCACUUGCAGAAAAUGAGCACGAGGGGCUGUAUUCCAACUCAUGACACUUAUAUAAUGUUAAUCCGGAAGUUUUGCCGAUGGUGCCAACUUGAUAAUGUUUUCAAGUUGUGGGAUAAGAUGAGCAAGAUUGGCUUGGACCAUGAUCGAAGUUCAUAUAUAGUGCUGAUACAUGGGCUCUUUUUGAAUGGAAAGCUGGAGGAGUCAUACAAAUACUAUCAAGAAAUGAAGCAAAAAGGUUUUCUGCCGGAGCCCAAGAUAGAUGAAAUGCUUCAAGCUUGGGUGGCUGGCAAGAGAGAUUUUCAAGAGAAUAGAGUAACAUGUCAUCAGGAGAACAAAGAGGUGGUCAAAUUUGAAAAAGCUGAUAAAGAAAGGGAUUUCCGUAAAAAACCUGAAAUGAGAAAAGUUACGAGAGAGCGUGGCUUCUCUUUCUGGGAUCAGUAGAUUCAAUGUUGAUUAUAAAAUUAUGGUUGAGAUUCUGGCUCGGGUCACUGUUCAUACAGGUCUCGGGGUUCUCAUGAAUUAUAGUGAAAAGGAGAUGUAGUGAACGACUUGUUUAUAGAGGUACUAAGAGUAAUAAAUUCCUUGCAUUACUGGUGGGGUUUGUGUUUUUUUCCUGUAAACUAGUGCAAGAAAAUUUGCUUCGGUUGAUAAGCCAAUAUGGUGAGUAACUGUUUGCUUAGAUUGGGCAAUGCGUUUAAGCAGGGACUCUAGAAAUCCAUUUUGGGGGCAGAAAGCAGGCUUGGAGAUUUUGUAGAAAUUUCGGUUGCCCAACAGAAAUUGUGGUUUCGCAAUUCGAAAUUCUUCUAUUCUGUGGCAUCUGCAGGAUGAACGGACUUGCAUGUGCUUUAAGCGCCUGCAACUUUAGCAGCAGCAAAGGCAAAUUUGUUUGUAAUUGACCAGAGAAAGAACUUUUCAGUAGUUGGAGCCCUUUCUCGUGCAUUUGCUAUACCAUCAUUUUCAGGGACUGCAUUUCAGGUCUGCGGCUAUCUCUUUGAUCUGCUGAUAUCUGAGCCUACUCAAGGUUCAUUAGACAUCGAUUAUCAGAAAGCAGUUACAGCUAUUUGCAGUUCAAGAACUUUCCUUAUUGCCAGUUCCUCAAGUCUAAUGACCUCAAGGCAGCACACACCUGGUUUGUCAGUGCAUAAUUCUAUUACUUCUUAUAGUUUCAAUCAUUGUUGAAAAGACAGCACGAGUUUGAGAAAUAAUGGUCAGCGCGAUAACUCCUUGCUUUAUGGAGAUUUCGCUUAUAAUGUUGCAAAGAAGAGGGAAAUUCAAAUCUACAUGAAGGAUUGGAUUCAAGGGUUUCCACAGUUCAUUACCUGCAAAUUUCUCUGCUGGCGCUGCAUUUCAUCUGUCUGUGAGGUACAGCUUGGAAUUUCAGCAGAUACUUCUGAAGAGUAUGUUUCCUGAACUUUGCUGUUCUUAUUAACUAAAUCAAGUUACAAUUGCCCGCAGAAUUAUCUUGUAUAGAUGACACCUAAUUGGUUUAGUGUUAUGGAAUUACUCUGAUUUAUAAAAGAAUAACAAAUAUCAAGUUUUUGUAGUAAAAAAAUUGCAGUAGCUAUUUUAGAGGAGCAGGGUAGUGGAAGAGGGCCCCUUUUCAAACCCUGUGCCGCUGGCCUUCAAAAAUUUUGCUGUUAUCAAAAAACAAGUUUGCACUAGCUGCUGUCAUAUAAAUCACUACAUAUAAUGUUCUGGAUUUCUGAAGUUGAUGAUCCCUCUCUUGCUGUAUUAUAAAAGUCCCUAGCUAAUGCAGGAGGAGAAUGAAAUUUGCUUUCAGUUGGAGAUUUCCACUAAGGCCUAAUAUGCAUGUGUUGAACUGAAUUGAUGAUUCCAAGGUUUCAUUUAUCACUUUUCUGAUCAGUGGAAAAAUUAUUUAGUGUAGGAGCUAGGUAUUUUCUAAGAGUGAUUGACAGCUCAACUCAUUAUCUAGCUCACUUUUGGUAUUGUUAUCUUUCUGCUACCAGUAGCCUUGUGAUUUGUGAGUAUUCUUGACUUCCCCCUGCAGUCAUGGCAAAAUAGCCUUCACUUUUCUGUAUCUAAGGUCAAGUGUUCAAUCACAGUGUCAAGUUUUUCUGCUGGUCAGGCCUCCCUGAGGAACACAGGGACCGGUGCUUCUCCUCAUUCUCCUCUACGUGGCUAGUUGAGAUUUCGUUUGAAGGCUACUUUUGGUUUCAGUGUGAACUUUGUUUCUUAAGUCAUCCUACUCAUUCUCUCUGCUACUUCAAUCUAAUCUAUUUUUGGAAGUCUUAUGGAUUCUCCUGCCAACAGUCCACAUCUACGGAAAUCUGGAAGCCAAGCAGUUGUUUCUGAUUUUGGUACACUCGAACCUGGUAGUUUUUUUGAAGAAGCCGUUUUGCGUAGCAUAGAGGCCAAUGAAAUGAAUGGUGUGAGCACACCAUCGAGCACUACAACCAUAAUUCCAUCUCCUGUUCUGCUAUGGAGACUUAGGUCCGGAUUUCUGUCAUAGUUUGAAAACAUGAAAUGUACAUUCUUAAGGAUUAAAUGUUUCUUUGACUUCUUUUUCUUACUUAAUGUUGUUUCGGAGAAUAGAUUAGGAAUGUUGAUAGAAUUCCUUGUAUGAACUAUGGCAGCAGUGUCCAACAGGACUGUCCUACUUCUAAAAUUUAGUGGCUAACUUUCAGUAA